CCAUUCAAGCGUUUCCAUUAUGCACAAAAAAUAUUUAAAAUAGUAUAAUUAAUAAUUAUUGUUAGUUGAAUUUUGUUCAAAGAGGAAAAGAUAAGAAUGCAGAUAUAUCUGAUUUAUGUAGGAUCAGGCAGACAUUGGCCGAGGCUUAAGUAAAAACACACUGACCACUACGAGAGGACGACAACUAGAUUUAUGCUUUCCUUUCCGCCAGGGAUAGAUAAACGUUACAACAACGACAACAUACCAUUAGGCAAUCGGGUGACAUAAUGCAUCGCAAAAACUUACUACGUCGAUGCGAGAUGAAGACAUGCCAAACACAGUAGUUAUGAUAAUCAGAAGGUAGGUUCGCGCUCAUUCGCGAAAAUGUUAAAAAAGUGAGAUCCAAGAUAUUUUAGCUUAGAUCAUGCAUAGGCGGUGCUUUCUAGAAGGGAAUUCUAUAACAGCCAUAAUAUGUUGGAUAGAUGUAGUAGGUACAACACUACUUAUGGUGGUCGCUACUAAAGAGAAAAUAAAUCGCCCGAUAUUUUUCCUUACUUUUGAUUUUAUAUACCACUGAAAAAGCUACUUCCUCAGAACAUUGAAUUUCAUUCAUCCCCAUCACACACCAUUAAAAUAGCUGAAAUCGGAUAACUACGCUAACCUCCCAUAUCAAGGUUAUAUUGAAAAUUAUUAAAAGUAAGUUAACUCACUAACGAAAAACGUCAGAAACACUAACUUUUACAGAAGAAAUUGCAGAAAGAAGCUGCACUCAGCUCUUUUUAAAAAAUGGAAAAUAGGAGUGGCGUCGCUUAUUUAUGGGUCAAAACCCAUAUCUUAGAAAUUACUCGACCGAUUUCAAUGCAAUUCGGUACAUAAUAUUUUCAUGUGUGGAAAAUUGGCGAAAUCAGUUCACAACCACGCCUACUUCUCAUAUAAUUAAAUUUUGUAUUUCAUCUGAUUGCAUCACUUUAGAAUAUAUAGUGUACCUUGGUGGUGAAAAUGAGUGAAAUUGGUUCAGGAAUUACCUCAACCCUCAUAUACUAUAUAUAAUAAUUUUUGUUAUUCUAUUGGACUUUAUGUCGAAUAUAUGGGUCAAAUUGUGUGUUAUAUUAAUAAAAAUAUGGCAAUAAAUUGUGAGAGUAUAAAAUGUUCGGUUGCACCAGAACUUAGCCUUUCCUUACUUGUUGGAUAUUGAUUCAAUACUUUUUAUUAUGGAAGAUUUAAGCUCUUUCGUUUUUCGCUUUAUUGGAUGAGGCUCCUUAAUUUAAAAACUCUACACUAAACUUUCUAAGGGAAGGAGCUCUUGAUUUUAUGCUUCACUGUUCACUGGCUUACUUUCUGGACCUAAUUUGAUAUCCAACCUUUGUUAGUUACCGACUAGCUAUGUGGAGGAACAAAGAUACUUUUUACCAAGGACUUUUACCUUUUUGACUUAUAACUGAAUACAAAGUUUAUUAGGGUGCCUAAAUAUUUAUACAAGUUAAUGCUCGAAAAGAAGGUGAACUUUUACCUUCACGAUGAAACACACAUUUUAUGAAAUUUAAUUUUAUCCCCUUGCAUAAAGAACCUAAUAAUCUUAGAACCUUCCGAACACUCAAGUUCAACUCUCAUUUUUGUUUCCUAUCGAAACACUUUAGUAAGUAACCAUAUAUGUAUCUAUUAUUAUUUCUAUAUAUCAUUUAAAGGUGUUACAGCAACCGUUAGAUGAAAAAAACUAUUGUUUCAACAGUAACAACUUAAAAAGUGUAAGUUAAGUGACUACAAAGGCCUGAAAUACUAACCCAAUGGUUUAAACCAAAAGUUGAUUACGUCACUACCAGGUUGUGGAUUAUAUCCAUGUAACUAAAUUUUUAAACUGUUUUUUUUUUUUUUAAUAUAGAAGUAAUACUGAGAACACCUAAUACAAGUGUUGGCUCCAAUCGUGUAUUACAAUAUUGUAUUUACACACGCAUAUAUUAUAACAAGAGCUCUAAAAGCGUAACAUCAUGUUGUAUGAACCCUACUUGUUUUGGAUAAUUCAUACAUAUGUACAUAUAAGCAUACAUACAUUCAAAUAUGUGGAUGCAUUUGUAUAAAGUACAUUCACACAGUAUGUUUAUAACAGUCGUUAUUAUUAUACUUUCAUUAUCUUUAUUUACUAUUUUUGUGGCCGAGCCUCUCUUUCUAUUUGUGAUGUGCCUCUAGAUUUUAUUGGAGAAUACUUUUUCUUUUGAUAUAAGUAUUGUCUGGCCCGGGAAUUGAACUUACAACUUACUGAGUCAUAAGCACACACUCAGUUACAGCGAUCGCUCUAUGUUGCAUAUAAACAAACAAUAAGAGAGUCUUUGGUAAAAGCUGACGUCUUCGUUUGAUGUGCUUGCCCAUCUUGAGUUGCCGCCUUCCACAUAAACAUCAGUUGAAAUAAGCAGUAACCGCCGUCCAUGUCUCUUUCUUCACAAUAGAGAGGCACAAUGCUUUAUACUUAAUCGUCAGUAGACUAUUGGAAGGUGCACACGCCACCUGUUGCUUUGUGAAAGUUUUAACCAAAUAUCGAUAUGUUAAAUAUUUAGUUAUCUGUGAGAUUCUGUCUCAACACCACAAAUUUAAAAUAACUGCAUAAAUAUUUAAGAGCAAACUGCAAGCCGCAUCAUAGGCAACAUCGCCAAAUUUACUGUUCAGCGCGACAGCAAUAUGCAUUCGCAUAAAUUAAACACAUGUGGCUCAACGGGGAGCAUUUCAUCAAUAGAAAGACCAAAUGCGGGCGCAUUGGCAUUGCAUUAUGCCGCAGCACGCGGGUGUUUAGACUGUGUACAAUUGCUGGUUCGAGCAUCACCAGAUAUUUGUUACUUCUCUACAAUCAGUGGUAGAAAAGGCUUUUUCGGUAGGAUGACCACUAGUUUCACUUCCUAUCGUCGUAGCAAAAUAAAAAGUAAAUCAAACAACGACAUUUCUUCUAUUGUUGCUGAGAUGAAUGGUGUUAGUGGUAUAGUAGAUAGCUUACCGCAACACAUAUCUAACGAUGAUAUCUCAGAUUUAGCUGAAAUUAUGGACAAAACUGGGCGAAAAGAGAGUAAACUCUGCAAUGAAGACGUAGCUGUUGUACGCAAAGAACAUAACAAUCGGCGCAGCGUUGUAAGCGCGAACACUCAAAUGGACAACGAUGUCACACCGGUCUACUUAGCAGCGCAAGAAGGGCACUUGGAGGUGCUAAAAUUUUUAGUUCUUGAAGCUGGCGGUUCUCUCUAUGUGCGAGCACGCGACGGAAUGGCACCGAUACAUGCUGCUUCGCAAAUGGGAUGUUUGGAUUGCCUUAGAUGGAUGGUGCAAGAUCAGGGUGUUGAUCCAAAUCUACGAGAUGGCGAUGGGGCUACACCGCUGCACUUUGCCGCGUCAAGAGGACACCUUUCUGUUGUACGGUGGUUACUCAAACAUGGUGCGAAACUAUCAUUAGACAAGUAUGGCAAGUCCCCAAUUAACGAUGCUGCAGAAAACCAACAAGUAGAGUGUCUUAAUGUGUUAGUGCAACAUGGUAGUACAAUAGAUUAUGCUUGUCGUGACAACAUCCCACUACAACGACAGAAAGCAUGCUCCUUGUCUAAUAAGGAAUUUCGAGACAUACACAAUUGCAAUUUCAAUAGUACUGAAGGAGGUAACUGUAUCAAUAGCAGCUCACACGGGAGCUGUACCUCGAAUAGUAGUAAACAGACUAGUUGCACCAACACCAUCAAAUCAAAAACUUCUUCGACUUUAAGCUCAGAUAUUGAGCCCUUUUACUUACAUCCCCCAUCGAUCUCUAUGGCCCAUAAACGCAUUGAUGCCAUUUAUGCACAUUCUCAACAAUCACGGUCAUCGUCUGAGAAAUUAUACAAUGGACAAAUGGUGCCGAAUGAUGGCUUGUAUAUAAAUCCAAUGCGUAACAGUUUCUUUUCUCCCCCUUCCCCGACUGGCAGUGUUUCUGGAGAAUCGUUUUUCCUCCACGACCCUCAUGAGCUAAUUUAUAAUCGAGUUCGGGAGUUGUUCGAUUCCGAUUGUACCAGUAUUGAAAAUCAAAAACCGAAAAUGAAUCGCCACAAAUUUCACAGUCAUAGUAAAAUGCAUAAAUCAAAUACCAUAAACAAUGCAGUUGUUGUACAAGCGGAUGUGCACUCCAGUUCAAGUGGGACAGGCAGCGGAUCAGAAGAAUCUAUUUCCGCUUCUAUUCAAUCAAGCAUGAAUUUAUCCAAAACAAACAAUCUUCGAAGUCAAAGUUUUAAUCUUCACACUAAAUGUAACAAUGAAAUUAGUAGCCACGAUCAAGGCUUCAACGCCAGUUCGAGUACAAAGACCAUCACCAAUGAUAAUAAAAUAAUUAAUGCAAAUUUAACCUCUGGAAUCAACUACAAUAAAAUCAACAACAAUAAUAUUAAAAUUGAUAAACAAAAACAAACAGCUAAGCAAUCCAAAAGUAAUUAUUUAAACAAUGAGAAGAAGAAACCAGAAAGUUCACAUGACCAUGAUUACGAGGAUAUAUAUUUGGUUCGUGAGGAAGCGCGGAAAAACAAAAACAAAUACGGUUCCGGGCGAUCACGGUCCCGUGAUAGUGGGUCGCAUUCACGUUCAGCUAGCACUUCCUCAACUCGAAGCUCAGACUUCGUACUACAAUAUAGCAAUCAUAAUAUGAACAACAAACAUCAAAGUGAAGCACUGAAUCGAAAUAAAUCGCAAUCGACUAUUGGAAUACAUAGCAAACCCAAAUACGAGUUAUCGCAAAAGGAAAAUUUCACCGUUAAAAAUGUGAAUCUAAAGAACCUGCUGAACGUCAAUAGCAAUACCAAUGGUGGUGUUAAAAGCGACACCUAUGAAAGCGUGUGUCCGAUAGAAGAUAUUGCUGAGCGCACAAAGCAAUCACAGAAAAACUCCGUUAUUCGAAAUAAUCUUGAUUGUGGUAGCAUUGGUAACACCAGCAAUAUAUUCCACCCAAUAUGCAAUGAUGUCAGCACAUGCGAUCGCCAGUUGAAACGAGUUUCUUCUGCUCCGCCUAUACAAAACAUAGAAAUCGUAAGUGGACCGCCACCACCUCCACUGCCGCCACCGAUGAACGCUCCCUUACUCAAGAGAAUGCAAUUAGUUGCAUCAGAUCCCAUGAACUUUUGCAUUAGUCACUCAAAUAGCAACUUGGAUAAUAUAGAUUCAGAUUCAGGGCUUGAGGUAAUUGAGGAACCUAGUUUACGUCCGUCUGAAUUGAUCAGAAGCAAACACAACCGAACGAUGUCUACCAUAUCAGCAAACAAGAAAGCAAAACUUCUUAAUGGCGGAUGUAAUGGAAAUAUACCCAACUCUGCUCCAAUUGCCAAUUGUGUUACACCAAAUAGAGAAAACAGUAAUUAUCAUGAUAAAAGCUUUGCUUGUGAUGGUUAUCACGUUUGCAAUGAUCAACAAGAUGAUAGAGUUCAGGUGCGCAAUUACCAUUCACACCAUAUAGAUGUCCAACACAGCUAUCAGCAAUCGCAAAUGUAUAGAUCUUCUGCCGAAGAUCACUACGAACUACAACAGGCACAGUAUGGGUACAGCAAUUCUAAUGGGAGCACAGUAUGUGGCCCACGUACCGGUGGUCCAAACUUAGUUAAUAAACAGUUAGUACUUCCCUUCGUGCCACCCAGUUUUCCAAACAAAUCACAAGAUGGCGUAACACAUCUUAUAAAGCCAUCUGAAUAUCUAAAGAGUAUAAGUGAUAAGCGAUCCUGCCCGUCUUCAGCAAGAUCCACAGAUACUGAAGAUUACAUGCAUAUCCAGGUGGCUAAUCAACAUGGAGUUAAUUGUGAACCACCAAAGCCUCCACCGCCGCCACCACUCCCAAUUCAUCCGUUAAUGCAUCACAAUGAAAAACAAAAUAGUGUAAAAACAGGAAAUAUUCAGCAUGUAUCUGUAGUUAAUCAGGAUACCGCCACCAGGAAGCAGCAUCAACCUCUCUCCGCCAUCUCCAUUCAAGAUCUUAAUAGUGUUCAGCUUCGACGUACUGAUACUCAAAAAAUGCCUAAGCCUUACCAAAUGCCUGCACGCAGUUUAAGUAUGCAGUGUCUUACCACGUCAGCUGAUUCUUACCUUAAAACGGAUUUAAUUGCUGAAUUAAAGAUUUCAAAAGACAUUACGGGCAUUAAGAAAAUGAAAGUGGAAAAACAGUUGGCCAGUCAAUUUGACACUGAACAUUAUUCAGAAAUUUCCAAACAAUUUUCGACAAACAACUAUAUGGAACAGCUUUGUAUGCAGAUUCCAGAAAAAGAUCAGGCAGGUAACAUCAUUCCGGAUUGGAAACGUCAGAUGAUGGCGAAAAAGGCAGCCGAACGUGCCAAAAAAGAAUUCGAGGAACGAAUGGCAAAAGAAGCAGAAAAUAGACGCCUGUCACAAAUACCUCAAUGGAAACGUGACCUACUAGCAAGGCGGGAGGAAACCGAAAAUAAAUUAAAAGCAUCAAUUUAUACACCCAAGGUGGAGGAAAAUAAUCGUAUAGCUGAAACUUGGCAUCUUAAGAAUCGAGCAAUUUCAAUUGAUAACAUUAAUUUAGUUUCCCCGAGCGUUGAUUCACAGCUACUUGCUUCGGGAACUUUUGACAGUAACAAAGAAAAUAAGGAUCAAAAUGAACAAGCCCUAAUAAGUAACAUUCUAACAACGGAUGAAGACAUCAAUAGUAAUCAAUAUAGUAAAGGAGAUGACGCCGAUAAUAUAAUACCAUGGCGGGCCCAGUUACGAAAAACUAAUAGUAGACUAAGUUUAAUUUGAUAACGAAAUAUUUUAGCACUACUUCAAAUUUUCUGGGAAUAUGAGUUUAAAAUUAUUACAUGAGAAUUUAAAUUUUCUUGUUUAGAAUUUAUAUGUGUAUGUACAUACAUAUGUUUGUACGGAACAAUUAUUUGACAGAAUGUAAUAAUCGCAACUGACUCAUCUUCACUGAGUUCAAUCUUGGCUUAAUGAGAAAAGCGUCGCGAUGUUUUAUGGCAAUGAAUUUUAUGUUAAUUAAAAUUUUUGCAAAAUUAGUAAUUUUAGCAAAGGCUAGACAACAAAUGGCACUGUCAAUAAAUUUAAUACAAUAGAUGACAGUAGUCACAGAUCCACAACGGCGUAGUCAUUGUCAAUAUAAAUAUAUACAUACAUAAGUACAUACAUAUAGUGAAGGCACUAUAUUUAUCUACAACAUAUAUAAAGUUGCUUCAUAUACACAUACAGAUGUUUGCAAUUUUACAUCCAUACACAUAUUAUAAUUAAUUGAUUAUAUUAUGCCUGAAUAUAAUUCGCUAUUCGCAAUAAAUUGAAUACAUUUUUUUUUAAACUAA